AUGACGCUGACCGGGUUCGUCUGCACGGUGUUUUGGAUCUACCGGCGCACGCCGAUCAUCAAAGCGUCCGGUCGAGAGUUGUCCUUCUUGCUGCUGGUCGGCGCGUUCGGCUGCUUCUCCAUGACGUUCGCCGUGGUGGCGAAGCCGAGCGUCGAGAGCUGCGCGGUGGUUCGCUUCGGCAUCGGGUUUUGCUACACCGUCUGCUACGCCGCGCUCGCCACCAAGAUCAAUCGAAUUCACAGGAUAUUCAACGGUGCCCCCGGCCGCCACAGUCCGCGCAAACGACGGUUCACCAGUCCAAAGUCUCAGCUGACGAUCGCGUCGAUCCUGGUGCUGGCGGAGGUGCUGUUCGACGGUGGGUGGCUGCUGAAGGAACCACCGGCGAUCGAGCACUCGUACCCGAGCCGAGAGGCGAACGUGCGUGUUUGCCGAGGCUCCGAGGACGGCUCCUACGUGAUCGGUCUUCUCUAUCCGUUCCUGUUGACGGUGGCGUCCACGUUCUACGCGGUCAAGACGAGAAAGUGUCCGGUGGGAUUCAACGAGACCCGUUGCAUCGCGUUCGCCAAUUACGCGACCAUCGUGCUCUGGCUGGCGUUCGUGCCCCUCUAUCUAGCCUCGGCCAGCAGCAACGUCGUCAGGAUCAUCACGCUGGCGCUUUCGCUGUCGCUGAACGGGCUGGUGCAGCUGCUCUGUCUGUUUCUCCCAAAGGUUUACUUGGUGCUGGCGAAGCCGGAGAAGAACACGAGGAAGCUGGUGAUGGCCAGACCCGCGGCAGGAGCAGGCUUCUCUCAGCCGACCACGCCCGUCACGCCUGCUACCCCGAUCGCGCCCAUCACCCCAGAGCCAAUGUCCACGUCGCCCUCUUUCCUCGCCGAUUGUCCAUCCAAAUUGUCCAUCGAUCGUUCUUCUUUCCUUCGAUUCGAUCAAAUUUCU